GUUCACCCUUAGUGCACGUUACAGAGAGUCAAAGAAGACCGAAUUACUGUAAAAAAUAGAUCGUAAGGCAACAGAGUGAGCGGAUCGGAAAGAGAUGAUUUUGACGAGAGAAAGAGCGCUUCUGCUUUUUGAAUCGUAGCCAUGGACGCUUUCUCUGGAUCUCUUCCGAGAACCUCAAGAGCUAAAGACAAGAGAAUGGCGUCUGCUCCUGUGGUUCGCUUCCCGAUCAUCUUCUUCGUCAGAGUUUUGGGGUUCAUAGUCGCCGCUCUGGUCCUCUUCUGGACCAACCAUUUUCGUGGAGGAUUGGCUCUCAUUUCCGACAACAAAGAUCUCAUCUUCAAUGUGCAUCCAGUGUUAAUGGUGAUUGGUCUAGUACUUUUAAAUGGAGAAGCCAUGCUAGCAUACAAGACCAUAUCGGGAACAAAAAGCUUUAAAAAGUUGGUUCAUCUUGGCCUGCAAUUCCUCGCUUUCUGCUUGAGCAUUAUCGGUGUAUGGGCUGCUCUGAAAUUCCACAAUGACAAAGGAAUCGACAACUUUUACAGCCUGCACUCUUGGUUGGGUCUAGCCUGCCUGUUUCUAUUUGGCAUCCAGUGGGCUGCUGGAUUUGUGACUUUUUGGAAUCCAGGCGGUACAGCAAGUAACCGGGCUUCUUUGCUGCCAUGGCAUGUGUUCUUUGGUGUUUAUAUCUAUGCCCUUGCCAUUGCUACUGUGACCACUGGGAUUCUAGAGAAAGCAACAUUUCUGCAAACCAACAAAGUAAUAUCACGCUAUUCAACAGAGGCUCUGUUGGUGAACUCUCUCGGUGUAUUGGUUGUUGCACUUGGCGGAUUUGUUAUUCUUGCACUCGUAACUUCUACCAACGAUAAAGUUGAUAACGUCAGAGAAGCUACAGAAUAAGCAGACACCAAAGUGUCAGUGGGGUUUUUAAAUCUUAUUUGCCCAUUGGAGUUGUAAUGUAAGCUCGUCUGAGGAUGAUCGCAAUUUUCUAUACAUAUUCAUAGGCAAAAGAGACUAGUUCCUUUAUCAUUGUCUGCUAUCGCUCUCGUUUUGCUUGAAUUGGCUAUAACUCCGUUAUCGUUCAUCUGC